AUGAACCGGGAGGAUGAAAAAGUCACUUUGCCACGUUCGCUUUGCCGAACCAAGACAAAGGACAGGCUCAGCCGCGAAAACGCUGCCAGAAAGUGCCGAAUCGACACUCAUGAAAUCGAGGCUAUCAGGCCGUGUACAAAAGAGCAGCUACUAUAUGCCCCGCUCCUCUCUCGGGGAGAUGAGGCGCCCAUUGCCGAAUGGACGUUUGACAUCUCAGAAGCAAUCAACCUCGACCUCCUGAAGAAGGCAUGGCAGGAUAUUGCACGGUCAAAUGAGUUCUUGCGGACUCGGAUCAUCGCGGAUGGUUCUCCGGAGAUCUUCCUGCGCGUCGUUCUUGAUGGAGAGACACUCCUAUGGAGUGAAGGGGAUGAUAUAGAUGAUCCUUGGGUACUAGGUUCCUCGUUGGCCCGGUUUCAUAUCAUCAAGAUGCCCAAGACCAACCAACGUCGGCUUGUGCUCAAAGUCCACCAUGCAGUAUGCGACCCAAGCUCUUUGUAUGCGGUGUUUGAAUCAGUUGAUCAUGCCUAUCACAGGGAGGACGACCACACUUUGCAACACUGUGAAGCUGAGGUGAAUUGCAACACAGAAGGACCCUUUUAUCAUGCAACCACCUUUCCCGAACUUCCGCCGUCAGUGCGGUACCCUGCUGCUAGGCAUACCAUACAGCAGUCAAUCUCAUUGGGCACAUCGACAUACAGAUUGGGGGAGAUCACCACCUAUAUAUGGCUAGCAUGGGCCAUCACCCAGUCACAGUACCAAAGCAGUGACCGUGUGCUUUUUGGUACGGCCGCACGGUGUGACGAGGAAAGGCCUGGGUCACCUCCGUCUGUUAACCCUAGGCUGCUAGUGCUGGACAAUCAGGCAGUUGUGCGUGAUAUUCUCCAAGAACUGAGAGUUAUGUUGAUCCGCUCAUCCGAAGCUACGACGGCCGUGCCCCACAGUGCAGCGGCCAAACAAAUCUCAGGUGCCAUACAGACUGUGGUGUCAGUUGGUAAGCGAUCACAGCACCAACCGUUGAGAUUCGCCAAUCUCGUAGACUCCCAGAAGCAAAAUCCCUUCCAAAGUUAUGCAUUGACCCUGGAUUGCCGGGUGGAGGGAGAUUCGUUGCUUACGGUUCAGGUGCAUUAUGAUAACAAUGUGAUUCCUCAAUGGACGACACAAAGGGUCCUGAGCCACUUUCUGCAUAUUCUUUCUCAGUCCCUGCAUGGUAAUCUGGAUACAAAAUUGGCCAACUUCAAAGGCCUCAGUCCAAAUGAUGAGGGACAGCUGGCGUACUGGAACGGCCACCCUCUCCCCAUUGUGGACCAACCUGCGCAUCAUAUCAUCCAUAGGAUAUGUCUGAAGCAACCCGAUGCAGAGGCUAUCUGUUCAUGGGAUGGCAAGUUGACAUAUCAUGAACUAGAUAUCUUGUCCGCUUCAUUAGCUUCCCGGCUUGUGGAACUCGGCAUGGGAGGCGCCGAGUCAAUCAUCCCGGUUUACAUUGACAAAAGCCGUUGGGUGCCUAUUGCAAUACUUGCUGUGCUUAAAUCUGGAGCAGCCUUUACUUUAUUCGAUCCGUCAUACCCAGUGCAACGCUUGCGGCUAAUGGCCGAAGAUGUUGAUGCUAGGGUUAUACUCUGCUCUAAGAUGACAGCGGAGCUGGCGUCCCAGAUCGUUCCGCAAACGUUACAAAUUGAUGACGAGACGGACUGCAGUGAACUGCACCCUGGGCCUGUUUCGCACGUUUUACGACCAUCGCGACCGGAAGAUGCACUAUAUGUCGCCUUCACAUCUGGCUCAACGGGGAAGCCCAAGGCCACAGUUAUCGAGCAUGGAUCGUACUGUACAGGUGCCAGAGAGCACAUCAAGGCAUUUCGUCUGAAUAAGAACGUAAGAGUCCUACAAUUCGCACUAUACGCAUUCGAUGUCAGUAUUAUGGAGAUACUCAGCACAUUGAUGGCUGGAGGAUGCAUUUGUAUACUCAAUGAGGUACAGCGUACCACACCACAGGCCUUUGAGGAGGCCUUCUCCACUUUAGGCAUCACGCACGCCCUUCUAACGCCAUCGUUUGCAAGAACUCUGCGACAUGUCCAGCUGCCGUCUCUCGAUGUACUUAUACUAGGUGGAGAACCCAUGUCACCGGUAGAUGCGGAGCACUGGGCGUCACGCGAUAUCAACUUGAUGAACGCAUAUGGGCCCGCCGAAUGUUCAGUAAACACAACUGUACAGCCCUGUGUCUUUUCGAACCCAGGCAACAUUGGGUUUCCGACUGGCGCCGCAUGCUGGGUUGUGGAUCCCAGGGACCAUAACAACCUGGUGCCUAUCGGAGCCGUGGGAGAAUUACUCGUCCAAGGUCCAAUUGUUGGCCGGGGCUACCUAAAUGACCCUGCCCUCACCAAGGCAUCUUUCGUCAAGUUUGUGCCGUCAAUAUCACCACGACUACCUGGGACGGAAAUCGCAUACAGAGCCUACAAGACUGGGGACCUGGUUCGCCAGCAGAUGGAUGGUUCGUUUGUCUAUAUUGGGCGUAAAGACCAGCAAGUUAAGAUUCGGGGGCAGCGGAUCGAGCUCCACGAGGUUGAGCUUCAGGUUCAGAAGAGCCUAAAAAACGAUUGUGAUGUGGUCAUAGAAACAGUCAUAACCGAAGGGCAGCCACAGCCACUCCUGGUAGCAUUCCUGAAUCUCAAAGUACAUGGAGGUCAUGUCAACAGGGACCUGGGGCCCUUUGCUAUGCCCGAUGAAGAAUGGCUCAGGCACAUCGAGGCCAUUGAAGAGGCACUGAAGCAGAGCUUGCCACCAUCUAUGGUCCCAGAGGUAUUUUUCCCUUUGGCCUAUACUCCUACCACCCCAACUGGUAAGAUCGAUAGACGUCUGCUGCGCGAGCUUUCCACCAGCCUUCCUCGACCACAGCUAGAACUAUAUCGGAACAGGAACAAGAACAAAUUUAAACAGCUGCCAUCCACACAUGUCGAAGAGACACUUCAACAGCUUUUUUCGGAGAUUCUAGAAAUUGAACAGCAUACCAUUAGUGUAAGGGACAGCUUUUUCCAGCUCGGAGGAGACUCUAUAUCAGCAAUAAGGCUGGUUGGCGCUGCGAGAGGUGCGGGGCUUGACUUCACCGUGGGUCAGCUUUUCUCUACACCAACUAUAUCGGGGGUAGCCCUUCAUGCAAAAGAACUAGGGUUUUUGAAGGACGAGCCCUCUAAACUAUCUCCCUUCGUUCUCUUGGGAGCUUCUGGAAACUUCCCUGAAAUAAUGCAGCUAGUGCGAAAUCAAUGCAAGCUUCCCAAUAUAGACAACAUCGAGGACAUUUAUCCCUGCACAGCAUUGCAGGAGGGAAUGUUUGCUCUCUCAGUCAAGUCUCCUGGCACAUAUACUGGAGAUAUCUUAUUGAGAUUACCAGGAAGCAUGGAUAUUGAACGCCUUUUGUCCGCGUGGCACGCCACGGUAGAGGCGAACCCUAUCCUGCGAACACAGAUUGUUCAGACACCGAAAGCUCUAUUCCAGGUUGUUAUGCGACAGGUGAGUUUCAAAUGCAAACAACACGCUUCACUGGACGCUUUCGAGAAACUGCAUGACCUUCAUGAUAGAGGUGUGUCAAGCAAUCCAAUGUGCCAAGUUGGCCUUGUCAAGCAUAAUGGAGAUCAACACUUCGCUCUAAAGAUCCACCAUUCACUUUGUGACGGAUGGUCCUUGAAGUUGAUUUUGGACCAGCUCGAUGUUGCAUAUAGGAAGGACGUGUCUCUUACACCAUCCUACUUCAACACAUUUAUCAGGCACUUGACUAGCAUAGACGGGUGGGAGGAUUACUGGGCUUGUGAACUUCGAGAUCUCCAAGCACCUAUAUUUCCAGCAUUACCCUCACCUUCAUACAUCCCUCGCCCAACAUCGCUCCGUGAACACGCCAUUGACAAUAUCUGCAUGGCUGAUUCUGGCAUGCGCCUCCCACUUUUGAUCAAGUUGGCAUGGUCUAUACUUGUAUCUAACUACACCGACUCUGACGACGUCGUGAUCGGCCUAACAUUGAACGGACGAAAUGCACCAGUCCCAGGCAUCGAGCAUCUGACUGGUCCCACAAUAACAACAGUACCACUACGCAUUCGCAUACAUGAAAAUGACACAGUUCGUACUGCACUGGAUUGCCUUCACAAUAAGUUGACAGCUAUGAUUCCCUACCAACAUGCCGGCCUGCAAAGGAUAGCUAAGCUCAAUGAUAACUGCAGAAGUGCUUGUAGUUUCCAAAUGCAAGUGGGGAUACAGCCCUCGGCAGACUUCGACACGAAGGGCCGUUGCUUCGAUAUUGUGGAGCGGUCGAUUGGGGCUUCAAUGGAUUAUAGUGACUUCUCCAUUUAUGGCAUUGUGGCUGUAUGUGAACUGAGCGCUACUGGCACGGCUUUACGCGUGAAAAUGCGCUAUGACCCUGAUCUUAUCAGCUCAGACGAAGCAAAUUGCAUGGUACACUUUUUUGAGCAUAUCCUACGACAGAUGUGUGAAUACCCUGAUACGAGACUCAGUCAACUCGAGCUGGCAGGGCCUCAGGACAUCGAGCUGUUUGCCCAGUGGAAUGCCACUGUCCCUGCACCAGUUGAAGCUUGUCUACAUGAAUUGAUCUUGAGCCACAGUCGCACUCAGCCUGGGGCGUCUGCAAUUUGCGGCUGGGAUGGCCACCUGACCUAUAAAGAGUUGGGGCCGAUCAUUAUCCAGAUAGCUUACUAUCUACGGGAAAGCUAUGGUAUUGGCCCUGGUGUAAAGGUCCCAAUUUGCCCCAAUCGAUCGAAAUGGGCUAUUGUGAGUAUGCUCUCGGUACUAUAUGCAGGUGCAGCCUGUGUGCUACUGGAUCCAAAUCAUCCACAGGCAAGGAUGCAAGGUAUUAUCAGCGAUACGGCAGCGGACGUUGUCAUAUGUAACACUGAAACCGAGGAAAAAGUAGCUGGUCUGACACGACAUCUGGUUAUAGUUGGACCUGGGUUGCUGGAUUCGCUGCCGCCAUCUACUUCACAUUCACAAUGUCUACCCAAUGCAACGCCAAAGGACCCAGCAUUCAUUAUAUUCACGUCGGGAAGCACAGGUAAGCCUAAAGGUAUAAUCAUGUCCCACCAAUCUUUAAGCACGAGCAUAUACUACCAUGGUCCGCCACUCGGGGUGAAUGAGCAGACUCGUACCCUUCAUUUCUGCUCCUAUGCGUUCGACGCCAGUAUAUAUGAGAUCUUCACAACCCUGGUGCGUGGAGGGUGUGUAUGUGUGCCGUCCACGACGGACUGCACCAACAAUUUAGCUGGGUUCAUCCGGGAUUUCAAGGUUGACUGGGCACUCAUGGCUCCUUCAGUGGUUCGUUUGCUUCAUCCCGACAACGUGCCUUCUCUCAAAUGUCUAGUUGUUGGCGGUGAGGCUCUCACCAGAGACAUUGUCAACCUCUGGGCCGACAGGGUCAGGCUAGUGAAUGCGUAUGGACCUGGAGAGGCCACAAUUAUGGCAGGGGGGGUUGUACAAGCCAAUCACUGGAUAACCGGCCUCAUUGGCCCAGUUGUCGGUGCAAACCCAUGGAUCACGAAACCGUUUGAUCCAAAUCGAUUGGUUGCCCGAGGAAUGAUUGGCGAGCUCCUCAUUGAGGGCCCUGUGGUAGCAGAUGGCUAUAUCAUUGCACCAGGGAAAGGUCCAGAUCCGUUCAUCUCGGCUCCCGCGUGGCUGCGAUCAAUCAGGCCGAACAGCGCGGGAGCCACAAGGUUUUACCGAUCGGGGGAUUUAGUUCAACAGCAGCGUGAUGGGUCGAUCCGUUUCAUGGGCCGUCGAGAUAAUCAAGUAAAGCUUCGUGGGCAACGCAUUGAAUUGCAGGAGGUCGAGCAUUGUGCCACUUCCCAUUUUCCAGAGGCAGUGGUAGUGGCGGAGGUGGCCUCGUUUCUGACAAACGGGCGAUCGAUAGAUGAACUUGUCCUAUUCAUCAAAGGGAGUAAUGCCAAAGCAGAAUCUGAUAUGAACACUUCAAACUCACAGGAUACCUCAACAUUAUUCUCCUCUCCAACCAAUGUUGAUCACACCGCAAUGGCAGGCUUAAAGGACCACAUGGCUCGCAACCUGCCACGCUAUAUGGUACCAAGGAUUAUUUUACCCCUGGAAAAGGUCCCCCAAACGGCGUCUGGAAAGAUUGACCGAACCCGUUUGCGAGUGGCAGCUGGGAACCUUGAGCGAAGGACGCUGGACGAGUACAUGAACACAGCACACAUUGUAAAGCGCCAGCCAUCGACCGACCAAGAGAGCCAUGUGCGUAGCAUUUUUGCACAGGUUCUCUCACUAUCAGAAAGCACUAUUGGGAUAGACGAUAGUUUUUUCAAUAUGGGAGGGGAUUCCAUCUCCGCCAUGAGGUUUCUCACGCUAUGCCGUCAAGCAAAUCUACAUCUCACUAUGCCCGCGUUUCUCAACUAUAAUACGGUCGCGCUAUUUUGUAGCAAUGCGAGUACCCUGUCAGAUGUUUCCAGGUUUGAUACGUCGGAGGAGAUGGAUCGCCCAUUUUCCUUGAGUCCUAUUCAAAACAUGGUCCUCGGGUCUGAUGAAUCGGCCAAUAGGCGAUUCAAUCAGAGCUUUUUCCUGAAGAUUCAAUGUCCAGUCGACCUUGGUGAAAUGCGUAAUAUACUAUACGAGAUUGUACAGCAUCAUUCGAUGCUGCGCGCGCGAUGGGUCCAGUCUCCAGGCAAGGAGCCACAACAGAUAAUCUCAUCAUCCAGCAUCGAUACUUCCUUCUGUGUCCAGCACCAUCACCUACGCAGGAGAGAGCAUGUUGUCCGCAUAGCCAGGGAGUCACACUCGCGUUUGGAUAUUCGGCAUGGGCCAAUCCUGUCGUUGGACAUUAUUUCCGUAGAGGAUGACGCAGACUAUGCACUUUUCAUUGCGCAUCAUCUGUCGGUAGAUCUAGUAUCAUGGCGUGUGAUCCUCGGCGACAUUGAGAAUAUUUUAAGGGGUAAGGAACUCGGGAAUAUCCGUCCAUUCUCCUUUCAGACAUGGGUUCGCUUGCAAGCCGAUCAAGCCAGAAACUAUGACCCACCAGUCGUCCUUCCGUUUGACGUUCUUCCAGCCAGUUAUGAAUACUGGGGCCUUACACGAGAGCAAAAUGUGUUCGGUUCCGCUAUUGAGUCAAUGUUCACGCUAGACGUGGACACCACUAACAUGUUGCUUGGAGAGGCGAAUACGCCGUUGAAUUCACAACCGCAAGAGAUAUUCCAUGCAGCUCUUCUCCAUGCUUGGCAGAAGGCGUUUAACGACAGAUUGAUGCCAACCGUUUUCCUUGAACGCCAUGGAAGAGACCCUUGGGACUCAGAAAUCGAUCUCUCCCGAACUGUUGGCUGGUUCACCACCCUGUCUCCAUGCACUGUGAGUGCAAGCGGAGGUAGGACCCUAUCUCUAGUGGACUUAAUUUGCCGUGUGAAAGACAAUAGCCGCCGCAUUCCGGGAAAAGGACUACCGUACUUUAGUUCACGAGUAUACAAUCGACAAUGUAAGACAGCCUUCAAGGACCAUGACUCAGCAGAGAUACUCCUUAACUAUGCUGGUCGCUAUCAACAGUUUGAAUGCCCGGAUGCAGUGUUCACUCAACCAGAUUGGACAUUGGAUGAAAGAAUGGAUGUAGCUGAAGAUAUGCCACGUCUCGCGCUAUUCGAUGUAUCGAUUAAUAUCCGAAGCGACAAGUUGCAUUGCUCCAUCUGGUUUAGCAAACACUGUCAGAGACAGGACCAAAUCGCUCGAUGGAUCAAGGAGUACCAAAACUCACUACAGAUAGCGGGAGCUGAACUCGUAACGCGUCGUCGUCAACUUACCAUGUGUGAUAUUCCACUAGUCACCAUCAAUGACUACGAACAGUUGAACAUCCUCGAAACCACUCUUCGGAGCCAGCUUGGCUUGAAGUCUGUGUCGCCGAUUGAAAGUAUCUACCCCUGUCCCAGCUCUCACGUCGGUCUCAUCAAGGGGUUGGUUGGAAAUGGUGACCGCCAUAAUGUCCGAGCCAUCUUCAAGCUAUACGGUAGUAAAGCGGUAGAUCCAACUCAUGUGCUGGAAUGUUGGCAUACCUUGGUCCAGCGCCAUGCCAUCCUCCGAACAGUAGUCGUGGACAAUCCCUUAACUCUCGGGGGACCUCUCCAUGUCGUUUUAAAACAACUCGCAAUCGACACGGCUGUCCUUUCUUUUCAGUCACAGAAUGUUGUGGAGGAGCUCUGUGAUGUUCGUCCAUCUUUCGAUUGGGCCACCUCUCCGGCACACCAGAUGGUAGUCGGCCAGGGUUUAGACGGUGAAGUUUUUUGCAAACUGGAGUCUGGAAAAGCGCUUAUCGACUGGACAUCCUUCUCUAUUUUAGUCGAUGAACUCUGCCUUGCUAUCAAUGGUCUCCUACCAUCCAAACCUGCCCCUUUAUAUGGGGACUUCAUCUCUUACGUGCAGAGCCAACCACUUGAUAAGAUCAUGAAUUAUUGGGAGGGCACCCUGCAUGGAGUCACAUCAAGCUUCAUCCCGAGAUCAUUGCCUGAGGCACCCGAUACCCCAGAUGCCGUCCCGGUACUGCAUUCAAGGAGGAUCAUCCUGGAUGGCUUCAAGGACAUCGAUGGUUUCUGGAGAAAAAACAGACUAACCUUGACAAACGUCUUUCAGGUAGCCUGGGGCUUGGUACUUUCCUUUUACAGUAGAUCGCCAGAGGUCUGUUUCGGAACGCUGGUAUCCGGACGUGAUAUUCCUAUCACCAAUAUAGAGAACAUGGUCGGCCCCUGCUUUAAUGUCCUUCCUUGUCGGUUAGAUCUCUCUCCAAGCCGUAAUAUCAUGGAGACUCUUCAGCAGAAUCAACAGGAUAUGCAACGCCGCACAGACCACCAACAUUGCUCUGUCAGGGACGUCACCCGUAAUGUGGCAGACACUACCUCAAUGCCCUUAUUCAACACUUGCUUGUCAGUGAAGCAAAUGGCAGAGCCAAAGGAAGACUCGGUGGGCGAUGUACAGGUUAAGAUCGUUGAGAUUCACGACCCUACCGAGGUAUGUUCAUCUUUGCAGAUACUCCUUUCCUUUCCCCUGUUGGCCAUCUUCUGA